GGUGUUGACGCUAGCGCGCCAGUCCUCGCAUUCGCUCGUGUUCUCUUAGAAUACGCAUUUUCCAGGGACGAAUGUCUGGCACACUUGUCGCGCUCCACUUAAUACAACUAAAUCAGAAAGAAAGCACCACGAAAAGCUCUUUCUCGUGCAUUGCGCCGAAAUUCACCCAAACUAGCCGCGUCAGCAGUCUGAGUGCACAUAUAACCUCAGGAUGACCCGCUGCUUUGCUCCGGGCUAAAUCAUCUUCACGCUUCUCUUCGCGACUUCGACUACUAAGUUUUGGACAUCCACUCGAGCGAAACAAUUACAAUGGGUCAACCAAAGCAAACCGAGCCUGUCUAUAACAAGCCAUGGACACCAUCAUCAUCGGCCUCAUCGACCCACUCAAUACCAUCCGUACCACCACCACCCUACUUCAAGUCGCAUUUCAUCUCUCCCUCCUCUUUCAAAUCCGCAGUCAAUGCCAGACUCGACAAGCCCGCUGUAUCUCUCUUCCGUCUCAGCAUCCGCAUAUUCCAAUUGGCUUUCGCACUUGCAUCGGGCAUAUCCUACGCCCUCGAACUCAGUCAUGCAACAAGCAUUUCGAAGACAGACUUCAUAUUCGCGCAAGUCGUUUUUGGCCUUACCCUGUUGGUUCUAGUCAUCGACAGUGCUACGGUACGCAACUACCGUGUCACUUGGAUCCCAGAGUGGAUCCUAGCCGUCUUGUGGAUUGCCUCUUUCGGCCUGUUCUAUGCAAUCUAUCUAAGCGGGGAUAUCGAACAGGGAUAUCAGAACGUGGAUGUCGAGCGCAUGAAGAGAGCUGUGUGGUGCGACCUUAUCAAUGCACUGCUAUGGAUGGGAAGUGCGCUGUUUUCUUCAGUCAUGUGCUGUUCAGGGAUAAAAGCCACUAUCAAGGCAAGGUUGGAGAAACGAAGACAGAGAAAGGAGGCAACGCGGCAAGUAAGGGACGUUAGUCAGAUGGAGCAGGGCGUUAUUGGCGGAUGAGGUGCAAAUCACAGAAUUGGACACAAUGUGAGAAGAGGACGCAUAUCGAUUACUAGUACUAGCGAAGGACAUGCAUACUU